AUGGAUCCCGACAUUGUGAACCGCAACACCGAGCUGGAUGACAUCCUCAGACAAAUAUCAGAGCUGGACAAAUGGAGAAACAUCUUCAACUCCCGUGGGUUGGAAUUACAAGAUUGUAUCAUUAAAAGGCCUCUGGAGAGGACUAAGCUUGAGGAGGAAAGCGAGGAUGGCACAGGCAGGCCACCGUCCACAGCACAGCCGCCUUGUGGAAACACCAACCUAUCGACAGUGCCCUACUCUAUCCCCCGGGCCCUGACUGUCUCUCCUAGCCUAGGAGGGCUCCCUAUCACACCCGAGUUAGCUGGGAACCUCAGGAAGAUUUUGUUCGGCAAUACUUUUUACGUCUUCAACUAUGAGUGGAAGAAGUCCUUCUUCAAAUUCAGGGAGCCCUACUCCAACCUAUCCUAUGCCCUGGAGGCCGAAAGAGGAGGAUCCCGUGCCAUUCAAAUGGUGGUCCAAGCGAACAUUAUCAAAUACUUGCUCUUCACCCGCCAGACCAACUCAGACUGUUGCAGACUGCAAAGUCUGAGUGAGGUGGGUGAGAAGGAGCAGGAGAGGGCCCUGGCCGUCGCUCUGACUGACAUUCUGUGGGCAGCUGGUGAGGAAAGGAGCGCCACCAUCUCCUUAGUGACAUCAGACUACUGUUUCACCCCCCACCUGGACUACAAACUGGACAACUUCACUGAGAGACUACAGCUUUUUAGUUUCAACAAGAAAGAGGAUGUCAAGAAAUUUGUCCAUGAGCACAUUCAGUGUUUUGAAGAUGAGGGGAGUCAUGGAGUCAUCUUGUUUCUCUACAGCUUAAUCUUUUCAAGGACUAUCACCAGGUUGAGGGAGGAUCUUGACUGUACCACCUCCCAUUUGCUUCAUUUGAGCCUUGGCAACUUUGUGUGUCGUCAGGCACUGAUGAAUCUUCUGCUAACUGGCCGAGCCAGUCCCAAUGUAUUCAAUGGAACUCUGCAGUGUGGUGAUGACGGCAGCCCUCUGGAGAAGCCUCUACACGGGGUCCUGGCUCGCAGCGCCGUAGGCUACCUGCACUGGAGCCGCGAGCUGCUGGAACGUACAAAGCUGCCCAUGGUUGGAAGCAUGCUGAAAACACCAAAGUUGCCCAUUUGGGUGUGCAGUAUCAAUGGCACCUACAGCGUCCUCUUCAGUCCCAACCGCUCCCUGCUCUCUGACUGGAAGAUGGAGCACCUGUUCCACAUGUACUUCUACAAUGGCCAGCCAUCGCAACAAAGCACAGCCCUGCUGACCAUUGACACUCACUCCCACCACUGGGAGGUAGGGAUCAAGGACACCCAGGGAGACCCAGAGAAGAGGUUUCCCUCUGUAGAGAUGGCCAUUAGGACCAAAUGGGAGGGAGCUGCCAUCGACUGGAACGGAACCAUGCCUUUUUUCUGACCAGGGAGGAUACUUGAUGAUCGUAAUGUUCUGGAUUCCUAAUCAUUUUUGUUACGCAUCCGUUUGUCUGGUUUGAAGGCGCCCUUAUGCUACCAACCACAAAAAGUGUGUUUGCAACUUUUACAGCUUAGGCCGGGAUUCAAUCCCAUCAUGCUUUGCGGAAAUGCACCAUUUAAUGGCUAUAUUCCUGCGUUCACAGUAAACACAGCAUAUACAGUAUGUCAGCUCAAUCGGAAAUGACCUUUAAAUGGAGCAUUAUCGAUAAAAUGUGAUCGGAUCCCGGUCAAAGAAAGAUAAGAGGUCAAUGUAAAGAAUUUCUUACUGUGUAAUAUUUGUCAGGCAUUCUAUUGUACUUUUUUUAUAAGAUGUUCUGUAAAAUAGGCCUAUACUUUAAUGUUGUUGAGCCAUCAUAGGAUAGCCACGUUAUUCAAAAAACAAUACCUGCAGAAUUACAUUUAUUGACAGUUUGAGAAGCUGUUUAAUUGAGUGAGUAUAUUUACAUGUCUUUUCAAUACAGCAUAACUAUUUCUAGUAUUUGUGGCGCAGCCUACAUUUGUCAGUUUUGGCUGUAUUUUCUUGGUGUCAUCGUUAGCCUAAUAUUUUGAUAAGAAAACUUGGGUUCGUAGGCUUAUUUGAAAAUUGAAAUUGAAAAAAAAUAGAUAUAUGCCUAUUAUAGCCCCAAACCUUUUCCAGGCAUAUAUGAAAUUUGGUUUUGCGGUCAUUGUAAUCUAUAGGGAUUUUACAGUGCCUUCGGAAAGUAUUCAAACCCCUUGACCUAUUCCAUAAUUUGUUACGUUACAGGUUUACCCUAAAAUUGAGUGUUUUUUUCCUCAUCUACACACAAUACCCCAUAAUGACAAAGAAAAAAACUUUUAUUUUUUUAUUUUUGCAAAUAAAAAUAAAAUAAAGAACUGAAAUAAACAUUUACAUAGGU